GUGCACGUCGACUGUCUGUGUUUGCGUGAUUGUUCGAGACAAACUAGAAAUACAGCAAGUUAUUUCAACACUUGACUUCUGUAUUAAACUGUUGGAGUGCACCUAAGUUUAUGACCUACGUUUAUCAUAUCAAGUUGAACUUCCUGUUGAUGAGACUGUGACGCACUUGGAGGAAAGUGAAAGUGAAGCCGAAGUUCUCCGCACUUGGGUUUGUUUGACUGACGGAAGAUUGAGAGAGGACUCGGCCGCAGAGGUAAAUACGGCAUCGCAGUAGGCAACGGACACAGCAGCUCGCGCACAGGGUGAGCUCCAUCGAUGAACGAGUUUCUGUGAGCAGAGCAGAAGAAGAAGCUGAGCUCAGCUGGAAGCUCCACCUCCAAACAUGGACACAAGUCAGAGCAGAGAGCUGCUCCCAGGUGUGGACAGAGAGGAGGAAGCUCCUCCCUCUAAAGCCCCUCUGGGUGAGGACCAUGGCAGCCAGACCAGAGCUCAGAGAUCAGAGACACUCACAUCAGAAGCUGCUGGACGAGGACACGGACCUGGACCUGCUCCCAGCUGUGUGUCUCUGAAGAGUGACAGGUCGAUGGAAAUAUAUGUUGAUUUCAGAGGAGGACAGGACCAUCAGAGGAGGAGCAGGUUUAAACAGGAGAAACCAGAAGAGUCUGAACUCAGCUGUAUGUCUCUGAAGAGUGAUGCAUCGAUGGAUCUUCAUAUUGAUUUCAAAGGUGGACAAGAGCCUUCAGGAGAAAGAGAGGAUCAGCAGGUCUCAGAUGUUCUCAGUCUCCAGCGUGUCCAGCAGCAUCAGACAGAUCUGGACUCCACACUUCAGCUGCUUGAGCAGACUGUCAUGACCCUGGUGAAGAAGGAAGUGAGGAGAGUCCAAAGCUUCCUCAGUCCAGAUGAUCCCAAAUACCAGGAUGAUGAGGAAGAGGUGAAGGUGAAGUGUGAUGAGGAGCAGAUGAGGAGCAGCAGAGAAGCUUUCCUGGACUUCAUCAUGAAUCUUCUGAGGAGCAUGGAGGAGGAGGAGCUUGCUGGUCAUGUGUGGAGCAGUAGUCGUGCUGGAGCGUGUGCAGGACGACUGAAGAGUUGCCUGCAGAAGAAGUUCCACAGUAUGUUUGAGGGGGUGGCUAGAGCAGGAAACUCCGCCCCUCUGAAUCAGAUCUACACAGAGCUCUACAUCACUGAGGGGGGCACAGACCAGGUCAACCAGGAGCACGAGGUCCGACAGAUCGAAGCAGCAACCAGGAACCAGACCAGAGCAGAAACUACCAUCAGACAAGAAGACCUCUUUAAAGCCUCACCUGAGAGAGAGGGACCAAUCAGGAGCCUGCUGACGAAGGGCGUGGCUGGCAUUGGGAAGACCCUCCUGACACAGAAGUUGACUCUGGACUGGGCUGAAGACAAAGCCCACCAGAACUUCCAGCUCAUGUUUCCUUUCACCUUCAGAGAGCUGAACCUGCUGAAAGACAAGAAGUUGAGUUUGGUGGAACUUGUUCAUCGCUUCUUUCCUGAAACCAAAGAAUCAGGACUCGGCAGCUUUGAAGGAGUCCAGGUUCUGUUCAUCUUGGACGGUCUGGACGAGUGUCGAUUCCCUCUGAACUUCAACAGUCGGGUCGUGACAGAAGCUACAGAGUCCACCUCAGUAGACGUGCUGCUGACCAACCUCAUCAGGGGGAAGCUGCUUCCCUCAGCUCACCUCUGGAUAACCACCCGACCUGCAGCAGCCAAUCAGAUCCCUCCUGAGUGUGUGGACAUGGUGACAGAGGUCAGAGGGUUCACUGACCUCCAGAAGGAGGAGUACUUCAGGAAGAGGUUCAAAGAUGAGGAGCAGACCACCAUCAUCUCUCACAUCAGGAGCUCACGAAGCCUCUACAUCAUGUGUCACAUCCCCAUCUUCUGCUGGAUCACUGCCACAGUUCUGGAGGACAUGUUGAAGAGCAGAGAGACCAGAGAGCUGCCCAAGACCCUGACUGAGAUGUACAUCCACUUCCUGGUGGUUCAGGCCAAAGUCAAGAAGCUCAAGUACCAUGGAGGAGCUGGGACAGACACAGUUUGGGAUCCUGAGAGCAAGAAGAUGAUUGAGUCUUUGGGAAAACUGGCUUUUGAACAGCUGCAGAGAGGAAACUUGAUCUUCUAUGAAUCAGACCUCACAGAGUGUGGCAUCGACAUCACAACUGCUGCAGUUUACUCAGGAGUCUUCACACAGAUCUUCAGAGAGGAGAGAGGCCUGUACCAGGACAAGGUCUUCUGCUUCAUCCACCUGAGUCUUCAGGAGUUUCUGGCUGCUCUUCAUGUCCGCCUGACGUUCUUCAACUCUGGAGUCGACCUGCUUGAUUCACAACAAACAUCUGUACUGACAAGACUCUUUAGAAACAAACGUCUUCCAUGGCAGUUCUACCAGAGAGCAAUAAAUGAAGCUGUAGAAAGUCCAAAUGGACAUCUGGACUUGUUCCUGCGCUUCCUUCUGGGUCUUUCUCUGCAGAGCAGCCAGACUCUCCUUCCAGGUUUGUUGACACAGACAGGAAGUAGCUCUUGGACCCAUCAGGACACAGCAGAGCUCAUCAAGAAGAAGAUCAGUGAGAAAGUGUCUCCAGAGAGAAUCAUCAAUCUGUUCCACUGUCUGAGUGAAGUGAAGGACACUUCUCUCGUGGAGCAGGUCCAACAGCAGCUGAGAUCAGGACGUAUCUCCACAGAUCAACUGUCUCCUGCUCAGUGGUCCACCCUGGCCUUCAUCUUACUGUCCUCAGAGGAAGAUCUGGAGGUGUUUGACCUGAAGAAAUACUCUGCUUCAGAGGAGGCUCUUGAGAGGCUGCUGCCUGUGGUCCAAGCUUCAAAGGAAGUUCUACUGAGAGACUGUCAGCUGUCAGAGAGAAGUGGUUCCCUUCUGUCCUCAGUCCUCAGCUCUCCGUCCUCUCGUCUGACACAACUGGACCUGAGCAACAACAAGCUGAAGGAUGCAGGAGUGGAGCUGCUGUCUGCUGGACUGAAGAGUCCACACUGUCACCUGGAGACUCUCAGCCUGAGCAGGUGUGGACUGUCAGAGAGAAGUGGUUCCCUUCUGUCCUCAGUCCUCAGCUCUCCGUCCUCUCGUCUGACACAACUGGACCUGAGCUGCAACAAGCUGAAGGAUCCAGGAGUGGAGCUGCUGUCUGCUGGACUGAAAAGUCCACACUGUCACCUGGAGACUCUCAGCCUGAGUGGGUGUUUCAUGUCAGAGAGAAGUGGUUCCCUCCUGUCCUCAGUCCUCAGCUCUCCGUCCUCUCGUCUGACACAACUGGACCUGAGCUACAACUGUGACCUGGAGGAUCCAGGAGUGGAGCUGCUGUCUGCUGGACUGAAGAGUCCACACUGUCACCUGGAGACUCUCAGCCUGAGCUGGUGUUUCCUGUCAGAGAGAAGUGGUUCCCUUCUGUCCUCAGUCCUCAGCUCUCCGUCCUCUCGUCUGACACAACUGGACCUGAGCCACAACAAGCUGAAGGAUCCAGGAGUGGAGCUGCUGUCUGCUGGACUGAAGAGUCCACACUGUCACCUGGAGACUCUCAGCCUGAGCUGGUGUUUCCUGUCAGAGAGAAGUGGUUCCCUUCUGUCCUCAGUCCUCAGCUCUCCGUCCUCUCGUCUGACACAACUGGACCUGAGCUACAACUAUAAGCUGAAGGGUCCAGGAGUGGAGCUGCUGUCUGCUGGACUGAAGAGUCCACACUGUCACCUGGAGACUCUCAGUCUGUCAGGGUGUAGCAUCUCAGAGAGAGGCUGUGCUUCUCUGGCCUCAGCUCUGACCUCUAACCCCUCCCAUCUGAGAGAACUGGACCUGAGCUUCAACCAUCCAGGAGGACCAGGGCUGGAGCUGCUGUCUGCUGGACUGGAGAGUCCAGACUGGAGGCUGGAGAUUCUCAGGCUGGAUCACUGUGGACCACAGAGGUUAACAUCUGGACUGAAGAGAUACUUCCGUCCACUCUCACUGGACCCAGACACAGCUCACCGGCGCCUCCUACUGUCCAACAACAACAACAACAUGGUGGAGCUAGUGACGGAGGAUCAGGAGUAUCUGGACCAUCCCGACAGGUUUGAGCGGUGUCCUCAGGUGAUGAGCAGAGACGCUGUGACUGGUGUCUGUCACUGGGAGGUGGAGUGGAGAGGAAGAGUUUCUGUGGCCGUGACUCUCAGGAGAGACGGAGGGAAAGAAGACGAGUCUGAGUUUGGACAAAACCGUUAUUCCUGGAGUCUGAGCUGCUCUGAUGAUGCUGGAUAUAAAGUCUGUCACAAUAAGAAGGAAACUGUCAUCAAGAGCUCAGAAGUCUCUCACAGAGUUGGAGUGUUGCUGAACGCACCUGCUGGAGUUUUGAUCUUCUACAGAGUCUCCUCUGGAGUCCGGACCCCCCUCUACACCUUAUUCACCUCCACUGAACCUCUGUACCUGGGAUUUGGACUCAGAGAGGCUCCUGGUUCUGGUUCCUCAGUGUGUGUGUGUGUGUGACCUGAGUGUGUGAGUGUGUUCCUCCAACAAACUGGUGUUGCUUCAAAUCCCAAUCCAAACUGCUGACAGUGAGGAAUGAAUCUGCUUCUGAAACAAAUGAGUUAUUCUACAGAAAAGAACAAAAGAAUGUGAGAUGUUUGAAGAAGAGAAUCUUUCUCUUUCAUCACUCUCCUUCUUUAUCCUGUAAACGUCUUCACAUCCUGCUCAGUGGUCUCUUCCUGCUCCUUCUAUCAUCACUGUGUUCAGUCCCUGAAAGACUCCUCCAAGUCUCCAUCCUCAUGUGAAGAAGACUUCAACACAUUCUCAAACCAGUCUGUCCUCCUUCUUCCCUUUGGACCGAUCACCUGACAACAAUCUUCACCCAUGAACUCUUGAACUGUCAGUCGACCUUCAGUGAAGAGUUCAGAUAGAAUAGAAUAGGAUAGAAUAGCCUUUAUUGUCCUUGUACAGUGUACUCCCUUGGUGCAAACAAUGUAAAAAAAGAAUAUAUCAGAACAAUCAAGCAUGCAGAGAACAACAAAUAGGAACUAAUAAAUAAUAUAUACACAAGUAGCAGCAGUGAAAGAGCGUAAUAACAGAAAGUGGCACUUAUCUGCAUGUAAACUUGAAUGAUUUGUUAUUGCACAUAGUUAUUUCUUUAUUGCCCUAUGAUCAAUAUGGUCAGUAAUAAUGAAUUUGUCGACUGUUUUAUCUGUUUUUUGUUGUUUUUGUUUCUGCUCUGGAAUAUCUGAGUGAAUGACAACAUUUGUGUGAUGAACGUGUGUCGUUGAUGAAACUGAUCUUCUUGUAAACAA